GAUUAAAUAUUUGAACAGUGUUAAACUUGUGAAAUAUAUAGGCUAUAUCUUACAGUUAUCAUACAUACAUAAUUGUUAGGGUGUUACUUGAUUUUCUCUGCAUAUAUAGAGAUAUGGCAAAAUCUUUAGCAGGAAAAUUUAUACUUCUGUGUUUAGUGAAUCCAUUUCUGUCAGCAGAAAUUCCAUCAGUAUCUACGGCUCUAGGAACAAUAACUGGAGAAACUAAACAUGUGAUAUUUCAAAAGAAACAGUAUGAUGUUGACAAGUAUCUUGGAAUUCCAUAUGCUAAACCACCGACUGGAAAACUGAGAUUUAAAAGGCCGCAACCGUAUGGUCCCUUCGCGGAGGCAUACAGUGCUACAAAGUUCGGAUUAUCAUGUCCACAAUCUUUCUUUCUACAUUUCGUGCCUGAAGAAAACACAUCCGAAGACUGCUUAUUUCUGAACAUUUAUGUACCACGACAAGGACCCGAUGAGCCUUCGGGUCAUGCGAUCAUGUUCUUUAUUCACGGCGGCGGAUUUACAAUGGGUUCAGGAAAGAUAUAUGAUGGAGGUGUCCUUUCUUCUGUUGGCAAUGUAAUUGUAGUCACCAUUAAUUACCGACUUGGAUUACUUGGUUUUUUAGAUAUUGACAAUGUAAAAGCAUCUGGUAAUUUUGGCUUUUAUGACCAACGCUUGGCCCUACAGUGGGUCAACGAAAAUAUCGGUGCGUUUGGAGGGGAUAAAGAUAGGGUCACCAUAUUUGGAGAAUCCGCAGGUUCGAUGAGUGUUUCUCUACAAAUGAUGUUUCCACAAAACGAAGGACUCUUCAGAAGUGGUAUUUCGGAGAGUGGGGCUUUAACGUUACCUGGUCUGUACCUAGAAAAUAACAUCGAAAUAGCUAAAUAUUAUGCAGAGAACAUGAGUUGUAGUGUCGAAGACAUGGAUGAAGUUUUCAGUUGCCUUCAAUCAGCAACACCUGAAAGUAUAAUCAAAGUUGUUUCUGACACAGUUGCAUCUGGCGGUAUGGCGGCUACAGUUAAAGUUGGUACUGCUCCGACAAUUGAUGGAGAAUUCAUCAAAACUAAUCCCGCGGACUUGUAUAGGAAAGCAGUAAAUGAAGAGAGCGAGGAAAUAAACUUCUUUCGGACACUUAAACUGAUGAAUGGCGUUAAUGGUAAAGAAGGUGCAAUGUUUCUUCUGAUGCUGGGAUCAGAUAAUUUGGACGAACUCGAGAUAACUCGAGAACAGAUGAAUACGCAGCAAAUUCCUGGUGCUACAGCAAUGGUCUAUGGUCAACGGACUGUUCCUGAAGUUGUGAAACAGCUUUUAAUUGCUGAAUACACGGAUUGGGAAAAUCCUGAUGAUCCCAAAAAACUCCGUGAAGAACUAGUGCGUCUUUUCGGUGACAUUUAUUUCAAUGUUCCUGCGAUAGAAAUGAGUCUCGUUCAUUCUAAUGCAUCUGAUGUUGAAAGUUAUCUCUACAAUUUCGUUCCUGUUUUGGACAAGCGUCUACUUCCGACACCAAACUGGGUUAAUAUGUCAAACCAUGGAGACGAGUUAGGGCCUGUGUUUGGAUAUAACUUUGAUUAUAAAGGUCUGCUGAAUAUAUCUGAUUACACACCUCCAGAAUGGGAGCUCGAGCUGUCCGAGAGAAUGAUGACAUACUGGACAAACUUUGCAAAAACAAGCGAUCCGAAUAAACCAGUGUCAGAUGAUGUGUCCUCUGUAGUUUGGCCAAAAUAUGACGUCACAUCUCAGUCUUACAUCAAGAUUGACAGAGAGGAUUCUGUUGGUCAAUAUUUGUUUGCAAGAGAAACCGACUUCUGGAAGAAUACUCUAACGGCCGUGUUCGAUGCUACGGAGCAUGCGCAAACUAUUACAUCCCAAUAUGGUAGCAAAGACGAACAAACUUGCGGAAAAGAUGGCACAUGUGGAUAAAAAACACUCUGAAUUUAUAUUCAUUGAACAAAUUGUUCCAUUUUAAAACUUUUAUGUGGACAUUUCUGCACAUAGUUUCUUAUCAAGUCAUACUAUUUAAAACCAGUUGCUGCUGAUUGUGAAUCACUUAAUACGAAAUAAUCUUUUACCAAA